CGAGCACAAGGGAGGGACCAGGCCCUUCCUACAAAAGGGUGAAGCCACGAAAAGAUAAGCUUGGGCUUCACUUUUGGACAUCGCUGGGACCAUGUCUUCCUCCAUCAAAAUUGAGUCUGUUGUGAAGGAGAAGAACCGGAUGGGAGAGUGCCCAGUGUGGGAAGAAAGGGAGAACGCACUUGUCUAUGUCGACAUCAACUCACAGAAAGUUUGCCGCUGGAGCCCAGUCACCAACGAGGUGCAGAGCGUGUCUGUGGAUGCCCGUGUUGGCUCGGUGGCCCUGCGGCAGUGCGGGGGCUACGUCAUCGCCCUGGGGACCACGUUUGCCUUCCUGGACUGGGACACACAGGCAGUCACCACCAUCCUCGAGCUGGAGCAGGAUAAACCCAACAACAGGUUCAAUGAUGGGAAAGUGGAUCCAAAGGGGAGGUUUUUUGCUGGUACGAUGGCUGAAGAGACAGCACCAGGGGUCCGAGCGAGGCGGCAGGGAGCUCUCUACACCCUCUUCCCUGACCACUCAGUAAUAAAACAGUUAGACCAGCUGGACAUCUCCAAUGGUCUGGAUUGGUCUCUGGACCACAGGACCUUCUUUCACAUCGACAGCCUGUCAUACGCUGUCCAUGCCUUCAGCUAUGAUGUGCACACUGGAAAGAUUGCCUGCCCCAAGCUUUUGUACCAUCUGGAAAAGGAGGAGCAAAUGCCUGACGGGAUGUGCAUAGACACGGAAGGGAAGCUCUGGGUGGCCUGUAUUGAUGGUGGCAGAGUCAUCCGCAUUGACCCAGAGACAGGAAAAAGAAUCCAAACUGUGAGGCUGCCUACUCCAAGGAUCACCUCUUGCUGUUUUGGUGGAAAAGACUACUCAGAAAUGUAUGUGACUUCUGCAUAUGAUGGACUGGAUGAGGCCACCUUAGCCAAGGAACCUCAUGCAGGAGAGAUUUUCAAGAUAACAGGCCUGGGUGUGAAAGGGAUCCCACAGAAUUUCUAUGCUGCUUGAACCUGGACAUUAAACAGCAAAGAAGAAAGGCUUCCAUCUUGUAGUAACUCUGACUGGAAGAAGUCAAAUGAACUAGAGAAUUUAUUUGCGUGGAGAUUUCUUAGCCCACAUUUGUGAGUGUGCUUGUUUGGAGUUGGAGA